AUGCCGGAGGGCGUGGCCAAGGAGGCCAAGGAAGAUGGGAAGUCGAAAGCCAAGGAGUCAUCGCCACGAAAACGGCCCGGGAACACGACCAGGGUCAACGUGGAGUUGCUCGAUGGCUCAAAGAUGGAGUUGGACGCUGAUAGAAAGAUCCGCGGCCACGAACUGCUGGACAAGGUGUGCGACAGCCUGAACCUCGUGGAGAAGGAUUACUUUGGACUGCUUUACGAAGACCGCGGAGAUCCGCGCGUCUGGAUAGAUCUGGAGAAACGUGUCUCCAAGUUAAUCAAACGCGAACCUUGGGAGGUGCGUUUCGCAGUAAAGUUCUACCCACCGGAGCCGGCACAGCUGCAAGAGGAGCUCACGAGGUACCAGCUCGUACUCGCCGUCAGAAGAGACCUGCUAGAAGGGCGUCUUCCCUGCUCGCGGUAA